AUGAAUGCAGACGAGAUCACUUUCGUAACCAUAUUCUUUACAAAUUUUAGGCUAAUAACUAUUCUGAAACAAUAUUUUAGGAUAGAUAAUUACGAUUUGCAUAUCAUUCACCAUUAAGAUCAUAAUCUCAAUUUUGUGUUUAAAAGAGCAAAUCUCAAUAUAUACCUAAUGUGUCUAAUGUAACAAGAAUAAGAAUUAUGAGCAAACUCGAAAUGCUAGAUUCCCUAAAUAAGGUGCAAACAGCAAAAUUAUGUAAGUGAGAUUUCGUUAAAUUUGAGCUCAAAAAUGAUCCUCAUGCGAAUCUAUAAAAAUCAAACAAAGCAGAUAUCCUUUCGAAAGUUGCUUAAUUAGUCAAGAAAUUAUAACAUAGAGAGCUACCCCAUAAAAUGAUAGAAGCAACUGUUUUAUCUCGUAAAACAUCUAUUCCAAAAAAUACAAAAUUACUUCUUUAAUAGGAACAUAUUGUGAAAUAAAUUACUAUUACUCAAAGGGCUAAAGGAAAAUAAUAGAGCCAAAGUCAGUGUUAAUCACAUCAUGAAUUAUACAAUGUGGAAUUAUUAAGAAGAAGCCCUGAAUAAAAAGACUAGAAAACAGAAGACAAUUGCGAAUACAAACUUCUAUAAUAAAAGCUUCCUUAAAUUAAAUCCUAAAAAGGAUUCUCAAGAAGUAAUAAAAAUAUGGGUCCAAUUUAAAAAAAUGUAAUUAUUAGCUAUUAAACAGCAACUAAUAAUAGCAUGACAUAAUUUAGUAAUAUAUAAAAUUCAUCAAAUCAAUAAUAAGAUACUAAACCUGUUAUCAAGGUCAAUAAUUAUAAUAACGUGUCAAACUUACUUUAAACUAGCACUUUAGUAAGUAAAUAACCUAAUUCAUUGGAAACAGAAAAAAAAACUGCAGCACUCAUCUCACAAUUACAAGUACUUCAAUAAAAACAAUCAGCAAAAAGAUUGCCAAUACCUGAUUCGAGUAAUUUAUCUCUAAGCGGAUGGACAGAUCGAUCCCCUAUAAAUUGA